AUGCCAGAAACUCGCGGCAUCAAACGCGCUAGACCUGGCGACGAGUCGCCAGACUCCUCGCCGCUGUCUACUAUUUUCGUUUCAGAAUCGGAUCUAGAGUCCACCCUAUCAGACCUGGAGGAUUUCAGAAUCAAGCGCUCAGAAGCUGUGUGGUACGACGACGGGAACGUUAUUUUACAAGUCGGCGAUACUCGGUUUCGUGUGCACAAGAGCAUUCUUUCAGCUCAAUCUCGAGUCUUUCGAGAGAGGUUCCUUGAGAAGCCCGAGGCGAAGAAGACGAAGGGGAAACCGGGCGGCGGCCGUCCCCGUCGUCCGAGAUUUGUGGAUGGAGUCGAGGUUGUCCGUCUUGAAGGCGACAGUGUCCAGGACUGGACCUAUGUCCUUCAGAUCGUCUACGACGGGCACAGGACUUACCGCUCAGACACGAGCUAUCCGUUCUCGGUGGUCAGAGCCAUGCUUACCCUAGGCGACAAAUACGGCUUCGAGUAUCUUCGAUCGCAAGCGGUUUACCUCUACGAGAAGACAUUUCCGUCCGACUUUUCGACGUUCUCUGGCAUCUACUACUCUCCUAGUACCAACAUGAAGAUGACCGAGAAAUGGAUUAGGAUGGACGCCCGCACUACACUUGUCGACGUUGCUGAUAUGGCCAAUCUGUUUGGGCUUAUCGCGUGCCUUCCGGCGAUAUACUACCUCGUUGUUUCCCAGAAGGACUUUAUGUCUUGUAUUGCAACAGGUUUUGCUCGUGAAGACGGAACGAGGGCUAUAUUCUCCCGCGAUUUCAUUCAAAUCCUACUGUCUGGUCGCGAGAAGCUUAUCACUGCAGCAGCUAGGAAGAUGUUCAACUGGCUCUGGAGCAUCCCCGAAAUCAUUCCCGCUGCCGGGAGCUGCAAAGACAAGAUUUCAUGUCGGAACUCUCUUCGAGAGAUCCAUGCAAAGUACUGGUGGCCUUCGUUUCCGCCAUCAAAGAUUUUGGGACAAUGGAACACCCGUUAUGCGCAAGAUUUGUGUCCGGCGUGCGCGAAGGUAGCACAGGCUGAGUUUUGUAAAGGGCAGAAGGAGGUGCGGAAGGAUCUGCCUGGUUUCUUUGGUCUUUCGGCAUGGGAGGAGUUACAGAAUCGGGGACGGGCUUAG